AUGGAAAAAGACCCGUCUUGAAAGGAAUAAACUAACAGAUAUGACGUCAACAGUGACAGAAAGCCCUAUGAAUAAAAAAUAUUUUUCUCGUGAUGUCUGACAAGUCAACUGUCAGAAAUUUGGAUCUACAUAGCUGCAGCCUACAUAUUCCAAUCGAAUCAUUUCACGUCAACUGACGGACAGUGACUCCUCAAAUCUUCCUGACAUAAGAUCUCGCAGAAUCUGAACAAGUCAAACCGCCUGAAAGUCAGAUUGCUGUGCAACUUCAAUUUCAUCCAUUUCAAGAUUUUUAAACUUCUGGAACUGUAACAGAAAGUGCUUUCCUGUUAAGUUUUGCCGUCUGAUUUCAGAUCAUCUAAGUCCUGUCAAACAGAUGGAAGGUGAGCCUCCCGCAGGAUACAGGCCAAAUGUUGGAGUCUGUCUCUUGAAUUCUAUUAAUGAGGUAUUUGUUGCUUCAAGAUUGAACCUUCCAGGUGCAUGGCAAAUGCCACAGGGUGGAGUUGAAGAAGGUGAAGAGCCAAGAGCUGCUGUCAUCAGAGAAUUGCAAGAAGAAACCGGUAUUAAAUCUGCAGAAAUUGUUGCAGAGGUACCACAAUGGCUAACCUACGACUUUGCUCCUCAUGUGAAAGAAAAGCUCAGUCGAUUGUGGGGACGUGAAUGGAAAGGUCAAGCACAGAAAUGGUUCCUCCUGAAAUUUAUUGGAGAUGAAAAUGAGAUUAAUCUAGCAGGUGAUGGGACAGAAGCGGCUGAGUUUUCUGAGUGGAAAUGGAUGCAACCUGAGCAAGUUAUUGAACAUGCUGUAGAUAACAAGAGACCAGUUUAUGAGCAAGUUUUUAAGACCUUUGCUCCAUACAUAAAUUCGUAAUCAGCUGCACAAUGUAAAAUAUAGGAAAUGUGUAAUCUGCUUUCCUUCAUAUGCAAAUUUCCAUCAUUGUGUCUAGAGAUUGGACACAUGCACAUGAUAAUGUUCUGUAUUUAAAAUUAUUGCAGAUGGGAUUUUGACAAAUGAGCAUAUCAGUUUCAAAAUUAUUUUUUUCUUAUCAAUCUUUUCCUUCCGGAAAUGGGAAUUUCUUAAUUUCUGAAUGCUACA